UUUUAAUCAAUUUGAUCAACACUUAGAUUCUUCAUCAAAUGAUCAACAACAAAUUGAAAUAAAUUUAAAUUAUAAUUUUGUUUCCUAUGAAGAUUCAAAUGAUCAAAGUAAAUCCAAAGUGUUGUUGGUGGAACAAGAUCAAGAUCAGGAUGAUGAUGUGAUUACAUUUCGCUAUGAACAUUAUCGUAGUCAAACAUUUGCCAGUUUAGUUCGUUGUAAUUCGAAUGAUUCUGUAGAAUAUUCUUCACAAUCACAAUCAUCAUCAAUUUAUUCUGAAUCAGAUGAUGAUCAUCAUCGAAAAUUUCCUCGGCAAAUAUUUGAAGAAGAUUUUAUUGCAGAUAAAUUGCCAUCAACAACAUUUGUGAGCAAUGAUAAACAUGAAACGCAACAAUCAUCCGCAAAAUCGGGAAAAUUAAGACAAUUUUCUAAAUGUCUAAGUUCAACCACAAAUGAUUUACAAUCAUUAUUUAGAAAAUUUUCCUGUUUAAAACGUAUAUCAUCACUUGUUGAUUUAAAUUCAAAAAAAACUGCUGAAACAUUACUGAAAAAGAAACAACCACAACCGAAACGUCUUACCUAUCAGAAUGGAAAAACAUUAAACAAAUCGGAUAUAAUACAUUGUCAGCAAUUUGUUCCGGAAGAAUCAGAAAUAAAUUCCAUCAUCGAACAACAACAAUCGUUCCGGGAAAAUUUCCCUCAUCAACAAUCAUCAUCAUCAACAUUCAAUGUUCCUAAAUUACAUAUCGAGGAGAUUACCGAUGGUGACAGCACUCAAAUCGAACAACUCAACGAUCCAGUGAAUACAAUAAUUGAACAAAAUAUUUCGAAAAUCAAUUUUAAUAGUCAACAAACUACAACAACAAAUCCCGAUAAUAAUAACUUUGUUGAUCAACCAAAUCUGAUUAUAUAUUCUGAAUCUGAAAUAUCCAACGAUUCAAAUAUCAAUACUCAAAUUGUACAAUCAAUUUCAUUAUCAAAUUUAUAUCCAAUUCCGGAUCAAUCUUCUGAUUUUCAUUCUGAAUCUGAUUAUUCAACUGAAAACGUUAAUAAUAGCGAAAAAUUAACAGAAAAAAUGAUUGCAAAUCAACAGAAUUUUGAAUCAACACAAAAUCCAACACAAACAAAUCAACCAUCAUAUGUAAAUAUUAGUCGUGUAAAUCAUGGUUAUGUACCAUAUAAUCGUUAUACAUCGGAAUAUCGUCGUGAUGAUUCCCUACUACGUAGUCCAAUUGAUGAUCGUUUUACAAGUCUUCCCGCAGAAUCAUCGAAUAAAGGAUUUCUACAAAAAAAAGUUGAAAGUCUUUAUGGUGAAACAUUUGCCGAAGAUUGGAAUAAAAAUCGUGUAAAAAAAGGUCAAUCAAUUGAAAAAAGUAUUCAACCGAAUCCUAUUGAUCAAUCACCAGCUAAUCAAAUUAAAACAACAUUGGCAAGUAGUAAAUUAUUUCAGAAAAUAAAUUCCGUCGAUCAUACAGAUUCAUCCGAAGAUACAACAAAUAAAUCAUACGAUAAAGAUUGGUGGCUAAGAGAACAUCAACCGCAAUCGAAUCGAAAUCCAAUUGAUGAUGGCCAAAAUGAUGGUCGUAUAUUUUUGGAAAAAAUUCAGGAACAAAAAUCAAGAAUACAGAAUAAAAUACAACAAGGUGAGAAAUGGCUAAUCACGAAUCCCAAAGACAUUCCUGAAGAAUGUAUAGGAAAAAUUCGUGUAGCCAUUGGAAAGGCAAAUCUUUUAUUGGAUAAAAAAUUUCAACAAUUUCAAAAACUUUGUGAAGAUAGUAUUAAUCAAACGGAUGGCCAACCAUUCAGAAUUAAAAAUGAUGAUCUACAAGGAUUUUGGGAUAUGGUCAUGAUACAAGUUGUAGAUGUAAAUCAAACAUUUGAUCAUUUGAUUCAAUUGAAACAAAAUCAAUGGAAAUUAUCAACAAAAACAGAAGAAUCGUCUUCGGAUCAAUUAGAUUCCAAUCAUAAAACUCAGAUGAGUCCUAAAUCGAGAAUUUUCCCGCGACAAACAUCAAGCAACAUACAUGAAAUAACCACAUCAUCACCAAGAAAAUACGAUACUAACAAUAAUAAAACAUCAACAACUAUCGAAAAUAUAAAUAGUCCACGUAAUGAAGAAAGACAACGUCGAUUGAUGGAAAUAAAACGACGUGCAAAAAUGAUUAUGAAACAAGACGAUGAAUCAGAUGAUAUUCAAAUAUUUGCUCCAUCCAAAUAACAUUAAUUGAUUAAACAUACACAAUGACACACAAACACCUUAACCACACAUAAAUGAUGGUAUAGAAUCGUUUAUUCUUUCAAAAUUAAUAUUUUUUGUAGAUUUCAAUUUCACAUACCUGAUUUAAUCUGCUACGGUGCUAAACAAAUUAU